GGGCGGGGUCCCGACGGCCCCUUUAAGGCGCCGUCCGCGUCCGCCGGCAGAAAAGCGGCUUAAAGGCGACGCGUGGCGCGAUGGCGGCGACCCCACGCGCGUGCCGGGGGCACGGGCGGCCCCUCCCGGUGCUGCUGCUGCUGCUGCUGUUGGCGCUGCCGCCUUUGGAGGGCCCGCCGGGCGCCGCCGCCUACUUCCCAGAGGAGCGCUGGAGCCCCGAGUCGCCGCUGCAGGCGCCGCGCGUUCUCGUCGCGCUGCUGGCGCGCAACGCGGCCCACGCGCUGCCUGCCACGCUGGGCGCGCUCGAGCGGCUGCGGCACCCCCGGGACCGCACAGCUCUGUGGGUGGCCACGGACCACAACUCAGACAACACGUCAGCCAUGCUUCGGGAAUGGCUGGUGGCCAUGAAGAGUUUGUACCACUCUGUGGAGUGGCGGCCGGCAGAGGAGCCCAAGUCCUACCCAGACGAGGAGGGCCCCAAACACUGGUCUGACUCACGCUAUGAGCACGUCAUGAAGUUACGCCAGGCAGCCCUGAAAUCGGCCCGGGACAUGUGGGCUGAUUACAUCCUGUUUGUGGAUGCGGACAACCUGAUCCUCAACCCUGACACGCUGACCCUGCUCAUCGCUGAGAACAAGACGGUGGUGGCCCCCAUGCUGGAUUCCCGGGCUGCGUACUCCAACUUCUGGUGUGGGAUGACCUCCCAGGGCUACUACAAGCGCACGCCUGCCUACAUCCCCAUCCGCAAGCGGGACCGCCGGGGCUGCUUUGCAGUCCCCAUGGUGCACUCGACCUUCCUGAUUGACCUGAGGAAGGCGGCAUCCAGGAACUUGGCAUUCUACCCUCCCCACCCCGACUAUACCUGGUCCUUCGACGACAUCAUUGUUUUUGCCUUCUCCUGCAAACAGGCAGAGGUCCAGAUGUACGUCUGCAACAAGGAGGUGUAUGGCUUUCUGCCGGUGCCACUGCGGGCACACAGCACCCUCCAGGAUGAGGCCGAGAGCUUCAUGCACGUGCAGCUGGAGGUCAUGGUGAAGCACCCACCCGCGGAGCCCUCGCGGUUCGUCUCGGCGCCCACCAAGACGCCAGACAAGAUGGGCUUUGACGAGGUCUUCAUGAUCAACCUGAAGCGGCGGCAGGACCGACGGGAACGUAUGCUGCGCGCGCUGCAGGAGCAGGAGAUCGAGUGCCGGCUGGUGGAGGCUGUGGACGGCAAAGCCAUGAACACCAGCCAGGUAGAGGCACUGGGCAUCCAGAUGCUGCCCGGCUACCAGGAUCCUUACCACGGGCGGCCCCUCACCAAGGGCGAACUGGGCUGCUUCCUCAGCCACUAUAACAUCUGGAAAGAGGUUGUGGACCGCAGGCUGCAGAAAUCACUCGUGUUCGAGGACGACCUGCGCUUCGAGAUCUUCUUCAAGAGGCGCCUAAUGAACCUUAUGCAGGAUGUGGAGCGGGAGGGUCUGGACUGGGACCUCAUCUAUGUGGGCCGGAAGCGGAUGCAGGUGGAGCACCCCGAAAAGGCUGUGCCCCGCGUGAGGAACCUGGUGGAGGCCGAUUACUCGUACUGGACGCUGGCCUACGUGGUCUCCCUGCCAGGCGCCCGCAAGCUGCUGGCUGCCCGGCCGCUCUCCAAGAUGCUGCCCGUGGACGAGUUCUUGCCGGUCAUGUUCGACAAGCACCCAGUGUCUGAAUACAAGGCCCACUUCUCCCCUCGGGACCUGCGCGCCUUCUCCGUGGAGCCCCUGCUCAUCUACCCCACACACUACACAGGGGACGACGGGUACGUGAGCGACACGGAGACCUCGGUCGUGUGGAACAACGAGCACGUCAAGACCGACUGGGACCGGGCCAAAUCCCAGAAGAUGCGCGAGCAGCAGGCCCUGAGCCGCGAGGCCAAGAACUCUGACGUACUGCAGUCCCCGCUGGACAGCGCUGCCCGGGAUGAGCUCUGAGAGCUCUGAGCGGCGGUGGCCAUGAAUCCAAAGCAGCCUGUCGCUGGCCCGGCCCCCACACGCCCGCCGGGGACAGCGGGGCCCCUGUGGACCCCUGGCAGGCCAAGGAGGGCUCCCCACACAGGGCGGCGUCCAGUCAGCUCUUGCUCAGCAAUCACGUGCACGCAGGCAGCAUUAACGGAGGUGCCUACUGUGUGCCAGGAACAGGUGGAUUGGGUGGCAACAAUUCGUGCGCCCAACACUUUAAGCGAGUACUGGGUACCAGGUUCCUGCGUUCCGGCAGUGAACGAGGCAUGAUUAUUCCCUCCCUCGGUGAUGGAUCCAGUCGUCAGGCAUUAUGGAUCCCCCAUCAAGAAGUAGGCGCUAGUGAUACACAUUCACUGUUUGAAUUCAUUCGAGUAUUUAUUGAGUGCCUACUGUAUGCUGGGCACCAUUCCAGGCUCUGGGACUAGUGAGGUAAACUUUCAUUUAUUCAGACACAUAUUGAGCACCUACUAUGUGCCUUGUACUUGUGACACAGAAGUCCUUACUGACUCGGUGCAUUUAUUGAGUGCCUGCUGUGUGCUGGGAGCUGAGCUUUGUGCUAGGGCUGAAGAUAAACAAGAUGCUUUUCACUCCUAAUUGGUUUCUUCCCCACCCAUCCAGAGAGCAUCUCCUGUGUGCCGGGCACUGGUGAUACAAAGCAGGAUGACAGCUGUUCAGUCAGCAUCUGAUCACCAACAGAGAUGAAGGAGUCCUUUCGUUUCUUCAUGCAGCAAGCAUUUAUUGAGUGCUGGCUGUGUGCCUGACCUCAUGGACUCCCAGUGGGGCUGAGUUUGAUUCCUCAUUUCCCGCCACCCCCCAUCACCCGAGCCGUGUGCAGAUAACAUCCUCUGUCCACCGCCCAGGAGAGGGGGUGGCUCUUCCCUUGCCAGGGGCAGCCAUGGGUUCCAGCAACCCCAUGUCCUCAUGCAAGGCCCCCCUUGCUAGACCCAGCCCCCCUGGAGGGGGUGAGGGGUGAAGCUGGGGGCGGGGUCUCCCAUGCCCACUCCUGGUCUCAGUUGCUUGACCACCCUGCCCUGCACGUCAGGUGUGGUCUCUGCCUGCUCGAUGGCGUUCCUCUGUCCAAGCCUUUGGUGGGAUCAUGCAUUUGGGGCCUCGCGUGGGCUCCGCUGCACUGGGGUGCUACCCACGGCCCGGGCAGGACGUCCCCCGGCACAGGCUGGAGGACUCGCUGGGUCUUCAGCCUGAAACGAACGUCAGAGCCGGCCAGCGGUGCCUCAUUCUCUGAGGGAUAACUAACUGCUGUCCGGGUCGGGUCCUGGAUAACUUGCUUAUUUUUUUUAUUAAAUGUUCUUGGUUGGUUUUCACAUA